UUACGUCACCACUCAUCGCCCGUCUGUCUAAUCUACAGACGGUAGCCGGCCAUAUAGCCACAGCGUAAUUUGAAAGUUUGUUUUAUGGACUUUAGGUUAAGAAAGUGAUUAUUAUAUUAUUUGACUUCUCAAACUGUAAGACAUGGAAGACAUUGAUUCUGUUUAUAAUAUUUCCACAUCAGGAUCAGCGAGGCAUGGCAAUUUUAACAACUAUUACAACUUUCACCCUGCUGAAAAUCGUAUCAGACUUCUUCCCAAUUACAAGAGUCUUGUAAACAAAUGUAAUGGAAAAGUUGUCUGCUUGGACGUAGGCUGCAAUACUGGAAUGCCACAAAAUCAAGAUGAGUGGAAGAUAAUAGCUAAUGAUUUUGAGAUAACCUGGAACUAUCCAAACUGUAUCGGAGCCGUCGAUGGGAAGCACAUAGUGAUUCAGAGCCCAGUGAAGAGUGGUAGCUUGUUUUUUCAAUUAUAA